GGGUCUCAGCAAGGGCAGGGGUGGCGGCUGCGUGGCCGUGGGGCGUGGAGGCUGCUGGGUCAGGGUGGCGGUGCUCGGUCCUGUGGACACGGAUGGUGGAGGCGGGCGCUCGGAUUUGAUAUCGGAGAGCGACCCUGGGGCAGGGAAGGUGCAGACAUGGCCAAGUCCAAGAACCACACCACACACAACCAGUCUCGAAAAUGGCACAGAAAUGGCAUCAAGAAACCACGGUCACAAAGAUACGAGUCUCUUAAGGGGGUAGACCCCAAGUUCCUGAGGAACAUGCGUUUUGCCAAGAAGCACAACAGGAAGGGUCUGAAGAAGAUGCAGGCCAACAACGCGAAAGCCAUGAGUGCGCGUGCUGAGGCUGUCAAGGCCCUUGUGAAGCCCAAGGAAUUUAAGCCCAAGAUGCCAAAGGGUCCCAACAGCAAGCUCCGCCGGCUUGCUUUCAUUGCUCACCCCAAACUUGGGAAGCGGAUUCGUGGCUACAUGGCUAAGGGUCGCAGGCUCUGCCGACCAAAGGCCAAGGCUGGGGCUGCAGCUCCAGCUAAGACCCAGGCUCCAACUGCAGCUAAGACCCAGGCUGCAGCUCAGGCUCCCAAAGGUACCCAGGCCCCUGUGAAGGCCCCACAAUAAAGGUCUGCCAACGUGAAGACAGAUGGACUGGUGUGACCUCCCUCCCCACUGUUUACAGAGGGCUAGUGUCCUGUGCUGUUUUUACAAAUAAACUUGAGGGCAAGAUGUUAA